CAGACUGAGGAGGAGGAGGAGGAGCAGGAAGAAGAGGAGGAAGGAGCAUCAUCAUCAUCAGCAGCACAGACAGACAGACUGUCGGCGGAUCACGGAGCCUCCGCCGCCGCCUCUGAGCUGCUGCAGCCGGACACAGAAGCUGCACCCCCCGGGCCGGGCACAGACACGGAGCUAUGGCCGCUGAAGACAGCCGAUCCACGGCCUGCACCGGCUCCAGCCUCCUGCAGCCGGUCAGCGAGAUCACCAACCUGCCGCUGGACCAGGUAAACUUUGUGGUGUGUCAGCUCUGUGCUUUGCUGUCGGCCUUCUGGUUCCGCCUCUUCCUUCAUCCCAGUAGAACCAGUCCGUUCAUCAGGCACGUGGUGGCGACCGUACUGGGCCUGUACUUCGCUCUGUUCUGCUUCGGCUGGUACGCCCUUCACUUCCUGGUUCAGAGCGGACUCACCUACGGCAUCAUGAUCCUGACCGGGGUCGAACACAUGCACAAGUACUGCCUCCUGGUGGCGCUCAGCUACCUGAGUCUGUGUCAGAUCACUCGAGUCUACGUCUUCGACUAUGGCAUGUACUCUGCUGACUUCACAGGCCCCAUGAUGGUGAUAACUCAGAAAAUCACCAGCCUGGCGUUUGAGAUCCACGACGGUAUGGCCCGGAAAGAGGAACAGCUGACUCCAGGACAGAAGAUCCUGGCCAUCAGGAGGAUGCCCAGUCUGCUCGAGUACUUCAGCUACAACUGUAACUUCAUGGGCAUCCUGGCCGGACCGACCAGCUCCUACAACGACUACAUCGCAUUCAUCGAGGGAGACCCCCGUCGCCAUAGAGACCAGGAGGCCAACAGGAAGUCCAGCAGCAAGCUGAGUCAGAGCGAGCCUUCGCCAAAUACGGAGGUCGUCCGGAAAGUGGCCACCUCCUUCUUCUGCCUCCUGGUCUUUCUGUCGGUGUGUAAAGUUUUCCCCGUGGAACGAAACAUCGACGACGACUUCAUCGCCAACAUGCCGUUCUAUGCUCAGGUGGUCUACCUGUACCUGUCCAUGCUGACCACCAGACCCAAGUACUACUUCGUCUGGACACUCGCUGACGCCAUCAACAACGCUGCCGGCUUCGGCUUCAACGGCUACGAUGAGGACGGCUCCCCACGCUGGGACCUCAUUUCCAACCUGAGGAUCCUCAACAUCGAGUUAGCCACGAGCUUCAAAGUUUUCCUUGACAACUGGAACAUCCAGACGGCUCAUUGGCUCAAAAGGGUGUGUUACGAGCGAUGUCCCUACCAUCCGACAGCAGCCACCUUCAUCCUGUCGGCCAUGUGGCACGGAGCGUAUCCAGGCUACUACCUCACCUUCCUCACCGGCAUCGUCAUCACACUGGCUGCUCGAGCGGUGCGACACAACGUCCGGCCGUACUUCCUGCAGUCACCUGCCCACAAACUGGUCUAUGAUGUCAUCACGUGGAUGGCCACUCAGAUCGCCAUUUGCUACACAGUGGUGCCUUUCGUCCUGCUGUCUGUGGGUCCAUCCAUCAAGUUCUACAGGUCCUGGUACUUCAGCCUCCACAUCGGCUGCGUUCUUCUGGCCGUGGCGCUGCCGGUCAAACCGAGACAUCUCCGCCUCAAAGACCAGCAGAAGAAGACCCUCGACCAGGAGCCAGGCCAGCGCCACCAGGAGGCUUCAGACAGCAACUGCAGCCAGAAGGAGAAGACCACAUGAGGGCAAGGGCGGGGACGCCGAGCGCCGUGAACCACAUUGUAUUCCAUUAACUUGUACAGAGAGGCGAGGAGGAGGUGGACCGCCGGUCAGGAGGUCCAAACGCUCAACCUGAUGAAGAGUUUCACACAAAACUUUGUCUUCACGAGGAAGAACGACUGCUGGACUCAUUCAGACAACCAACAGCAGCAACACAAGCAGAGACGGACAACACACAGACAAAAAAUAUAUACUGUAAGAGCUGCUGACGGAUCGACAAAGAAGACAGGACGAGCUGUGUGAUGAUGGACGAGCUGUGUGAUGAUGGAUGGAUGGAUGAGCUGUGUGAUGAUGGACAAGCUGUGUGAUGAUGGAUGGAUGGAUGAGCUGUGUGAUGAUGGACAAGCUAUGUGAUGAUGGAUGGAUGGAUGGUUGGACGAGCUGUGUGAUGAUCGAUGGACGAGCUGUGUGAUGAUGAAUGGAUGGAUGGAUGGAUGGACGAGCUAUGUGAUGAUCGAUGGACGAGC